CUGAGUGCGUGACAGGACGGGAGGGAGCAAGGAAAGAAGGAGAGAGGGAAAGAGGGAAAGAGGGAGGGACCAUGACUAGUCACACUCUUGAUCAGUAACCAGAGGAGCCGUCAACACCUGACCCAUUAACAGACCCGAACAAUACUAAGGCAGAAAGCAGUCCAGCCUCACUCGACCUCCCAUCAUGGCCGACUUCGACGAGAGUCAGUUUUCUCUCAUGAGUCUGGAGGAUGAGCUGACCUGUAGCAUCUGUCUGAGUACCUUUAACUGUCCGGUGACCAUCCCCUGCGGACACAACUUCUGCCAGGACUGCCUCCUCGAAACCUGGAAGGACUCCUACAGCUGCCCUCAGUGUCGGACCCUCUUCGCCACCAAACCGGAGCUGAAGAAAAACACUGUCCUCAGCACCGUCGUGGAGACCUUCAACUCCAGGGCGAGCAAGGAGACCACCGUGGAGGGAUUGGAGAGCAAAGCCCAGAAGAAGGAUGUCAUACGUUGUGAUACGUGCAUGGAGGCAGAAGCGUCGCGGACCUGUCUCACCUGUAUGGCGUCUUUCUGUGAGGAGCACCUGCGGCCUCACCGGGAAAAUCCGAUUUUCCGUCCCCACCAGCUGACGGAGCCAGUCGGAGACCUGAUGGCGCGUAUCUGCCAGGACCACCACAAGCUGAUGGAGUUCUUCUGCAGCCAACAUGGCCGUCCAAUCUGCAGCUUCUGCCUCCAGCAAGCCCACAAAGGCUGCUCCUUCAUGACCCCUGAGGAGCAGAGGAACCUGAAGGAGUUUGACCUGAGGGCGAAGUUGGGUUUGCUGGUUGGGAAGAUUACAAAGAAUGAGGACGUUAUCUCUCAAAUGAGGGACAUGGAGAACAGGCUAAAGGACUCCGCGACCAACAGGAUGAGAGCUUUGACAGCUGACUAUCAGCAGAUGCGGGAUAUGUUGGCCCGAGAGGAGCGUGAUGCUUGCAGUGCAGUGGAACAUGAGCUGGAGACUGGUCAGACCAAACUCAAGGGUCUCAUGAAGAAGUUCACUGAGAACAUUGAUGGCAUGAGCAAAGCUAAAGAGGAUAUCCACAGUCUGCUGAGUCAGUCCCAAACGCUGGCCUUCCUACAGGCUUCAUUUGACCUGCCCCCAGCCACUAACUUUGACCCUCACACCCCUCGAAUCAGCCUGGACUCCAAGAAGGUGAUGGCAACACAGGCCUUUGCUGCUUCCCUGAAGGAGUUUUUGACAGAGAUCCUUAAACAGCCUGUUCAGUCCAGACUACCAAUGCUUAAACCAGAACAAAAAGCACUUCCUGUCUUGGGAAGUACUGGAUCUCAGCCUCAAUCUGAACUACCAGAGUCUCAAAAGCAGAAAAAAAUGCCCAGGUCCCACAGUCCAGGUCGUCCACCCAUCCAGCCAUAUUUUCCUGUACCCGUUUAUAUCCCACAUGGAGGCUGGAAUCCAUCCCAUUAUGCACAGGUAUCUGGCAUGUCCUCAGCAGAAACAGCAGCUUCUGCCUCAGGAUUUACACCUUUGAGCUCUGGAACUUCUGAGCUGCAGUGGGCUCCAGGCCAACCCCCACUCCACAGGCCCAACAGUCCAGGUUCUCAAUCCAAAGCAGCUCCGAAGAAGAAACCAAAACAGAAAAAAGCUCCCCUAUCCACUGAAGAAAAUAUGGGAAAUAAGAGUCAGGCCCGUUCAAUUGAAAACCUGCUGGAUCUCGGUGGAAAAGACAAAUCCAGAGGCCGUACUCCUGCAGCCGAAUCCAAAAUGAAACCAGAAAAAUUGGACAUUCCCCCAGACAUAACGUCUGCUGAAAAAAGAAGCGAACUUCUGAAAUUUGCAACAGUGCUCACAUUGGAUCGAAAGACGGCCCACAAACGCAUCGCACUGAGUGAGGGCCUCACACAGGCCUCUGUGUCAGAUGAGCACACAAACUACCCCGACUGCCCUGAACGCUUCGCUGUCUGCUCCCAGGUCCUCGCCUCCAAGGGUUUCUCUAGAGGGCGCCACUACUGGGAAGUCAAACUAAGCAGCAACAACUUCAUUGGUCUAGGCUUAGCUUACAGCUGCAUUGACCGCAAAGGUCCCACCAGUCGACUGGGCCGCAAUGCCCAGUCCUGGUGUGUCGAGUGGUUUAACGUCAAGCUGUCAGCGUGGCAUAACAGCAGUGAGACCGUGCUGGCUAAUCCCAAUUCAAAGCGUGUAGGUGUGCUGUUGGAUUGCGAGGAGGGCACUGCAACGUUCUAUAACGUGGCAGACAGGGCGUAUCCCUUCCAUUCCUUUGUGUUUCCCUUUUCUGAAGCAGUGUAUCCAGCUUUCUGGAUUUUCUCAAGUGGCUCGUCCAUUACUUUGUGCAAGAUGCAGGCCUGAGGAGCUGUGCACACAUACAGUAAGCUGAUCUAAUUACUGAAACAGAAAACUACUAAUUAUAUUUAGAAAGCCAGUCUUGAAUUUAUUUAAAAAUAUUAUAUACCCAACAUUGGUUAAAAUAAUUUUCAUAUCGGGAGGCUGACCUGUUUUUACCCCCCGCGCUCUUGUUUACGUGUUGUCUUUGUUUAAAGCAUUAUUCGUGAUUAGCUGUGAUUUACAGCUGCUGAAUUUGUGGUUAUGUGACCACAAAUAUUACGCUGGCUUCUCAAAACACAGGAAAAGUAAUAAUUCUUGUGUUUUCAAGUCUACAGUCUGCAUCCUAAGUGACUGUGACGCACUGAAUCACUUCAUGGGAAGUGUUUUUGAAGCUAUAUUAUAUCUUACAUGCAGAAGGAAUAAAAAAAAAGCUGGGAGAAGUGGAAGCUGGGUUUCCUUAUGUUGGUUUCAAUUCUGAGAAAUUUCAUCUACUUUCUUCUUUUCUAUGAUAACAGAACACACGUAACACACACUGUGCACUGACUGUACGGCAUGUGUGUGCUAAUGUGUCUCCUGUAUUGUAACUGCAGAUUACUUAUAAUGCGCUGUCUAAUGGUUGUGAAUGCGACCGGAUGAAGAAGUGAAUUAAUCUCUUCACUGUCCAGCAUAUGUCAGUACAGUGUUUUCAUCUGAAGUCUGCAUUUGAAAAACGCAUCUCUUGGUGUGUGCUAGAGUGUAGCUGUUAUAGGGCGGGGCGAUAUGACAAACAUCAGGAUUUUUUUUCUCCAUAUCAGUCGAUAUCAAUAUGUCAUGUUAUGAAAAAUUUAAAGAUUCCUUUUAAGAUGAAUAAUCUUUAAAAAAUGAAAAUGACAAACAUUUUAUGGGCUGUAAAUUCUAGAAUAAAUCAACAAGUCCAGCAUGUAAAGUCCUUGUUACUGUUGGAUUAUCAUUUCUUUGCUGACACACUCACUGAAGAUUCCUCUGAAGGAGUGCUCAUGUAUUCCAUCUAUCUGUCCUACUUUUGAUACCAAAACAAUAGCAUGCUAACUCAACCGCAUUGAAAUGUACACUCCUAGAAGAUACCAUGUGAUUAGCUAGAAAUAGAUUUGUGUCUGUGAUGUGAUUGGCUGCUCUGUCUUUUUAGGGAGAUGAAUGAAUCUAUUGUUCGUAUCGCCCAGCCCUAUCUGGUCACUCAACUCUGAUUCAGCUGAUGAGAACAGAAGCCACAUAGACUCUGUUCUUAUCAAGUUCUGCUUUUUCUUUGGAUUAUUUUUACAGCAAGGAAAUAAUGGGGAGAGGGAACGGGAUGAAGUGCAGAAAUAGUGCUUGGCUAUGUUUAAACCUGGGAUGUCCUGCUUGCAUGGCAUGCCCAAUAGAAAUACAAUGCUAUACUAUUGUAUAUCUAUGGUAGGCACAUUAAACCAACAAGCCAUCAGAAUGCUCUGUUGGCUUUUGAUAAGGUUGUAGGAAGGUAGUAAGAUGUAUAUUAGUUUCACAGGGGUAAAUUACUGUUUAAUACAAAGUUUACUCCGGCCUGUAAGAUGUGUUUGCUGAAGCACCCUGAUGACAUACAGUGGCUCAUCUCCUGACGGGGCACCACUGGAGUCUAUCAGUGGCUGGUCAGUGUGCCUGCUGAUCAUUUUCAUUCAGACAUUCCAUGCUCAUUUUGCAGGUGCUAAAAGCUAAAAAAAAGCUAAAAGCUGAGAAUCUAUGAGUGUCGAGCAGCAGAGAUCUGUCUACACAACAUACAGCACCGUAACAGUGAACGUAGCUGUUUGAACAUGGUUCUCGUUGAUCCUUGUGACCGCGCUGCAUUUAAGGGGUUCAGAAGACACUGUUGUCCGGAGUGACUUAACUAUUUUUAGGUUACAUGCCAAUAUUUAAAAGUGCAGUACACCACUGCAUGUACAGUCUGAACCUGGGUAGUGAAAUCUGCUGUUUUCACUAUUUUCCGCUGCUUAUCAUCACAAUGGACAAAUGUGGUUUGGGACGUCAUAGUUUGUGAGACUAUUGAGAGCUUUCCCAUACCAUAAUGAGUGUGAGUACUGAUGUCAUGUGGACUGGUUUACUAUUUCUACACACCUUAAAUAAUAUAAUGGUUGCAUCUAUGCUUAGUAGAAUAAAGGUGUGGUUGUUUGGUUGACUAUUUCUUAUGGCUUCUGUUUCUGGAUUGUAAAAUGUAUCUUAAAUCAACCGCGGACUCCAGUGGCUUGCAGAUCAUUUUGUUGAUCCUUGUUUGUGCAGUGCUGAUCUGAAAUGUAGUUCAUUGUUCUUUGCAUCUAAUACUUUCAUGGGACCCAGUACAUUUGAGGAUUUUACUCUAUGCACUUUGACAACUCUACAUUAAACCAAUCCUCUGUGUAAGGCUUCACGUGUGGUGGUUUUGAGUGUACCCAAAAAGAGAUGCAUGGAUUAAAUCUGAACAUAAGAUUGUGUGAUUGUCUUAAUUCUAAAAAUUAUUGUUAAGAAAAAAUCUUUGUAUUACCUACCAAUGAACCAUCGAUUGUUGUCAAUAAAAGCUUUUUUCUCUCUCA